AUGCAGGAUCGUGCCAACCAGCGCAAGGUUGAUGAAGAUGGAGGGGCGCUUGAUCCCGAAACGUUUGAGUAUGAGAAUGAAAGGAGAUUCCCUGUCUUGAUGCUAUCUUUCCUGGGGCCUCAGCAUGGACGCAUCUUCUACGCUUGCAUGGAUGAUGAAGCACUGGUUAUCAGACAGUCUAAACUUUACAGCUUUGAGAAAGGUGAUAGCCCGCCUUGGGAUUUCUUUACACGCAUUUUGCGUAGUUCUCCAGAGGAAGAGAGCCUCUCUAUUCAUCGCUACGCUCGAGCACCCGUAUAG